AUGGAACGUUUACUGACUAGAUGUGCUUUAGCGGUUCGGAACGUCCCGGUGCAAGACCGAACGUGCGUCUUGUGUGGGAAUUAUGAUGAAACCAGUGAACAUAUUUUUGUGGCGUGCCAGUUUGCUCAAUUGAUAUGGCAAAAUGUAGCGAGUUGGUGUAGGAUCCCUCCGAUUAUAGCCUUCGAGGUAAAGGAUAUUAUCACUCUUCAUGAGGUAUGUUCGGGUUCAGCCAAGAUGAAAAAGGCGUUGCACGCGGUCACUUUGGUCACAAUUUGGAGCAUUUGGAAGACAAGGAACGAUGCCGUAUUCCAUCAAAAAGCACCAAACUGGGUUAAGAAUCUGGAUGAAAUAAAAGCUUUGGCGUAUUUGUGGGUGAAGAAUCGCUCUAAGUUGGCGUCUCUAACAUGGGAGGAAUGGAGCAACUUUAAAAUUAGCCGCUAA